AGCGAUGCCAUUGUUGAAUAAGAACAAAAUCAGCAGUAGUUAGACCCGAUUGAAUGCCGAAUUGGGGAUUUAAACCGCUGAAACCUCCAUUGCCGCCUCAUCUCUCGCCUUCUCGAUUCAUCAAUUGAAGAUAUUCGCUUGGUUGGAAUACUUAUUGCAGAUUUGAAUUACAUUUCUCGACCUCUCCAUCUCUCCACCACUCGCUCUGUUCUUCCCGACUCCAUCUCUUGAUCCGUUCUGCAUAAAUCGCGGUUCUUCAACAAAAUCGUUUUUCAGGUUUACUUUUGAGGGGUCGUUUGGCCGUACUUGCUGAUUCGAGGCGGGAUUCAAGAAGACUACCAAGCUUGGUUGAUAUUCUGAUUGGAUGCUUCUGGUGUUUCGGAACACUUUUCAAUAAUUCAGAGCUGAAAUCAGUCAACAUGAAGUCUAGACGGAACAUUAAUUACACUCGACUUGCUGUUGAUGAAGACCAUAUCGGUAGGGAAAGCUCAUUUGACCCACGAUUUGAUAUGUCACCUGAAGGCUCAGAUAAAGUCCCUUGGAAAUCCGUGGCCCUUGCAAUUUUUCUUCUCGUGUUUGGAUGUGUGCUUCUCCUCCUCGCCAUAUUCAUCUUCACCGGCCACAUGGGAGGAGACAGAUCCCAAGCAUAUGGCCUAUUAGGCCUUGGGACACUCACCUUCCUCCCAGGGUUCUACGAGACUCGAAUUGCAUAUUAUUCAUGGAGGGGUGCGCAAGGGUACCGUUUUGCAGCCAUCCCUGGUUACUAAGGAUCGUUACCGUCUUCCUGGUCCCUGCAAUCGUUGUAGCGCUUGCCGUUUUUUUGUUUGGCUGUACAUACCAAGUUGUGUAUAAUUUUGAGAUCGUUUUUUUCCCGUUUGUUAUAACUUUUAGAAACCAACGUUUACAAAUACGCAGAAACAAAGCGUUUCGUGCUUACGGAAGAUUUUUCGAGUUUUCUGGGUAGGUUUGUGGUCAUUCAUGAAUGAUGAUUAUGGGCUUUCUUAGCCUUGUUUUAGGGC